AUGCGGUACACCGCGGACAGUGCCUCCUGUGAGGUGCUGGAGAGCCACACCAGCGAUGUGCAGGGUGUGAUUGCGCUGCCGAGUGCGGAUGGCCAGCUGCCCAUCCUGGUCUCGUGGUCGAGAGACAACACGAUCCGGGUGUGGCAUGCUGCGGACGACGGGACGGGCGCCAUGCGGUACACCGAGGACAGUGCCUCCUGUGAGGUGCUGAAGGGCCACACCAGCGGUGUGGAGGGUGUGAUUGCGCUGCCGAGUGCGGAUGGCCAGCUGCCUGUCCUGGUCUCGUGGUCGUGGGACAACACGAUCCGGGUGUGGCAUGCUGCAGACGACGGGUCGGGCGCCGUGUGGUACACCGCGGACAGGGUCUCCUGUGAGGUGCUGGAGGGCCACAUCUACAAUGUGCGGGGUGUGAUUGCGCUGCCGAGUGCGGAUGGCCAGCUGCCUGUCCUGGUCUCGUGGUCGAUAGACAAGACGGUCCGGGUGUGGCAUGCUGCGGACGACGGGACGGGCGCCAUGCGGUACACCGCGGACAGGGACUCCUGUGAGGUGCUGGAGGGCCACACCGACGAUGUGGAGGGUGUGAUUGCGCUGCCGAGUGCGGACAGCCAGCUGCCUGUCCUGGUCUCGUGGUCGUGGGACAGGACGAUCCGGGUGUGGCAUCCUGUGGACGACGGGACGGGCGCCAUGCGGUACACCGCGGACAGUGCCUCCUGUGAGGUGCUGGAGGGCCACACGAACAAUGUGCGGGGUGUGAUUGCGCUGUCGAGUGCGGAUGGCCAGCUGCCUGUCCUGGUCUCGUGGUCGAGAGACAACACGAUCCGGGUGUGGCAUGCUGCAGACGACGGGUCGGGCGCCGUGUGGUACACCGUGGACAGGGCCUCCUGUGAGGUGCUGGAGGGCCACAUCUACAAUGUGUGGGGUGUGAUUGCGCUGCCGAGUGCGGAUGGCCAGCUGCCGGUCCUGGUUUCGUGGUCGAUAGACAACACGAUCCGGGUGUGGCAUGCUGCGGACGACGGGACGGGCGCCAUGCGGUACACCGCGGACAGUGCCUCCUGUGAGGUGCUGAAGGGCCACACGAACAAUGUGCAGGGUGUGAUUGCGCUGCCGAGUGCGGAUGGCCAGCUGCCGGUCCUGGUCUCGUGGUCGAAGGACAACACGAUUCGGGUGUGGCAUGCUGCGGACGACGGGACGGGCGCCAUGCGGUACACCGCGGACAGUGCCUCCUGUGAGGUGCUGAAGGGCCACACGAACAAUGUGCAGGGUGUGAUUGCGCUGCCGAGUGCGGAUGGCCAGCUGCCUGUCCUGCACCACGCCCGCAUCCUCGCCGCCACCGGCACAUCCGCAGCCUCCUGCGCCAUGGGCCUCACAGCGAUCGACCGACAACACGUUUGA